CAAAAGAGGACAGCCCAUUUGUAACAGUAAACAGACCGGAACCCAGACCGGAACUCAAAUCCUUCAUAUUGGUUCGCAAAUAUGCCAUUAGCAGCUCCACCCACCACCUCCUUCCCGUUUAAUUUAGCUCUAUCUCCAUUUCUGAAAGCUUCGUCAAUUGUUCAUAUGCUGCUUGCAAUAGAGUUUUCUUGCUGAAUAGCCAGAUGCUAAACAGAAGCCGACCAAGUUCAAUACUUUGGAACUUGGUGUCUCUCACAUUUCGGUAAUUACUCAGCUACUGGUAAAUAUGAUUUUUCUUCAUAGACAUGGCUGCAGAAGUAGUUGCAUGCUCAGAAACCUCAGUAUAAAGCUCUUUUAUGAAAACCCUUUGCAUCAAUACUUGUCCAAGCUGAAGAGUGUGGAUGCUUGGUCAUAUAGUUUGAGUCCCAGUGUUAGUACUCUGACGCCAAUACACUGUUUGAAUCAACCCCACUCUGACAUAGCACCCAAAGUUGCUUCCACUGGAUUUCUUGGCAUAUAUGAGCGAUUUUCAUUGCAUAGGUUUUACUCAUCCCCAUCUCGAUCUUUUCGAAGGAGAGAAAAUAAGAGAUUAGAAGCUAGUAGAAAACCAACUCUUAAUCAAUCCCAAUUUCAAAAAUCGGUAUCACAGUUGUUGCCUAGAUUUACACCUGAAGAACUGUGCGAUGUUAUAACCAAGCAAGAUGAUCCUCUUGUGUGUUUAGAGUUGUUCAAUUGGGCAUCCCAACAGCCGCGGUUCAAACAUGAUGUUAGCAGUUAUCACAUCACGAUAAAAAAACUUGGUGUGGCUAAGAUGUAUGAGGAGAUGGAUGAUAUUGUCAACCAAGUGCUUGCUAUAUCUCACAUGGGUUCCGAGGCGCUUUUUAAUUCCAUUAUCUACUUUUUCACUGAAGCUCGGAAGUUGACUAGAGCUGUCAAUAUAUUUAAACACAUGAAGAACAGUAGAAACAUGGACUGCAGACCUUCAGUUAGGACAUACAAUAUUCUCUUUACUGCCUUUUUGAGUAGGGGAUGUAAUACCUACAUAAAUCACAUGUAUAUGGAAACCAUUAGAUGUUUGUUUAGGCAAAUGGUGGACGAUGGGAUUGAACCUGAUAUUUAUACUUUGAAUUCUAUGAUUAAGGGAUAUGUUCUUUCUCUUCAUGUGAAUGAUGCAUUAAGAGUAUUCCAUCAGAUGGGAGUGGUCUAUAAUUGCUUGCCAAACACAUUUUCCUAUGAUUAUCUCAUCCAUGGAUUAUGUGCUCAAGGCCGAACAAACAAUGCUAAGCAGUUGUGCAAUGAAAUGAAGUCUAAAGGAUUUAUUCCGAGUAGUAAGUCUUACAACUCGCUUGUGAAUGCUUUGGCUCUUAAUGGUGAUAUAGAGGAGGCAGUGAAGUAUUUGUGGGAAAUGAUUGAGAAGCGAAGGACAACUGAAUUCAUUACUUAUAAGACAGUACUUGAUGAAAUCUGUAGACAAGGAAAGGUCAAAGAGGCUAUGAAGUUGCUAAAAGAAUUUCAAGAGAAAGACAUUCUGAGUGGGCAUGCCUACAGGAAGCUCCGACAUGUGCUUGAAGAUGACUAUGGAGAUUCUGUAUCCCAUACUCGAUUGAGAUAAAUUUUGUCUAAAGGAUACACACUUGUUUAUUGCUGAGGUAGCCAAUGCAUCAUUACUUAUACACAAGGUUGCCACUUAGUACUACAGCUUAGGCCACACUCCAUGCUUAUUUGAAGGCAGCAUGUAUUCAGGCCACCCCUCUUCCACUGGCACAUUCCCAUGUGGCAUCAUCCUCCUCGUCCAAGCCAAAACCGGGUGUUUUAUUCAAUUGGUAAGGAGCACGACCAGUCGGACCAGACCUCUCUUCAACAGUUCAACUCCGUGGACUCAGUGAGAAGGUGAAAAAUGAUUCAAUGGAGAAGGUGGCAUGUGUGGCUGGGCUUCUGGUGGAAGCAAUGAACUGUUGCCUGAUUAGAAACUAAUAAUCAGUUUGACAUGUGUGGCUAAAUGAAACUGAUAAUUAAUUUGAAAGAUGUUAGCCACCGAUUCAUACUUGCAUAGUAUAUGUUGUGCACUUAUUGUUCUAUCAAAUAGAUUUUCAAGUUUUUGCCUUCUGUCACAGGAUUGAAAUUUCUUGUCACACUUGUUAAAAGCUUUUAAUCUUUUUUUAAUUAGGGCGUGCUUUUAUUGUAAUCAAUUACAACCAAGGGUGAAUGUUUUAUUUUAGAAGCAUUAAUGCAUAUAUCUAUUGUAUUCACUG